GCCCCCUGUGAGCUCCUCAGUGCGACUUCGGCGAGGACGAUCAUGGGCGGCGAUGCAGUCAGCUUGGCCGUGAGCAUCUCGCCGUCGCCGCCGCCAAAGCGCGUCCAGUUCGAUUUGGAAGACGAAGCCCGACACUUCCAACCGACUCAUACAGUGUGUACGCCGCGCCUCCGCACGAAUGGUCUCAAGUACCGCGCGCCCGACGCCCGCGUGGACGUGAGUGAAACACUCCCGCCUCCAAGCAGCGUAGCCAAGCCCAACUACGACGACUCGUUGCGUCGUGUGUCUGUCGUGUUGUACCAGCACAUUCGCCGGUGCGAAAAGCGCCUGCGCGAAUCCCGAGGCGGCGGCGCCGGCAUCGUGCCGCCGGGUGGUUUCCAUGGUCUGUUUCACUCGACGAGUGCUCCCGCCGCCAGCACCAACGCAGUGGCGGACUCGAUUGUCCAGGGCGGCGACGGAUCUGCCGACGACAACGACCCAGUGCACGACGAGCCGCCGUUCGAUUCGUCGACGGUGCUCAAUGGCCAAACCGUGCUGUCGAAUCUCGGCGUGUCCCGCGACCGCGUCUUUGACGAAGAGCAUUUUGUGACGCCGCAGUACACGUACCAGUUCGUGCGGCUCCCGAUGCUGCAUCCGCUCACGUACUACAAGAUGGACAAAGUGUCAUGCAAGACGCACAUCCCGUCCGUGGACGAGAUCUUCCGCUUUUGCAAGAACCUGUUCAACCGCGCGCAGCUGAGCGCGGAAUGCACGAUCGUGUGCCUCAUCUACAUUGAGCGGCUCAUGGAGCGGGCGUCGAUUCCGUUGCUCGGGUCGAGCUGGAAGCCGAUUGUGCUGUGCGGGCUCCUUCUCGCGUCCAAGGUGCAUUUCGUCGAUCGUACGUUGCGCAUGGCUGACGGCGCUGCACGCAGGUGUGGCAAGAUUUGAGCUCGUGGAAUGUUGAGAUCUCGAACGUCUUUCCGCAGUUUCCGCUGCACAGCAUCAACCGCCUCGAGCGGCUCUUUUUGCACUACAUUCAGUGGGACUUGUACAUUUCAGGGUCGGUCUAUGCCAAGUAUUACUUUGCGCUGCGCAGCUUGACCGAGAAGAAGGACUUUCGGCGGCGGUACAACUACACGAUCAAGAUCGACCCGCCCAAUUCAAAGCGCCUCGAGGAACGCAGUGCCGCCGUCAAGAACGAGCUCUACUCGCGCAGUGUCUAACACGUGAUUACUGUCGUUGGAUGAUGCGCCGCCGCCGCACACGAGCCUCAGACGACGCUGUCGUUGUGGGCCGAACAACAGGUCCACCCCCACGUGUGCGCGACAUCUGCUCGCCAACACCCUCUCGACCGCCGCCCACGAAUGCACACACUCGGCAGGAUGCACGCAUGGAUGCUCCCUUGUCUUGGUGACGUGCGUCCUCGCGCACGUGCUCAACGUCCGCGUCGACGCAAUGCAGUCGUAGCCAAGUCGACAUGACUUGUCGGACGAACGGAGGCGGAGUCGUCUCGAACGUCGGUAGCCCAUCGCUCCGCUCGCUCUGUCGUGCCUGCGUCAUCGUCUCGAUCGUUGGCCAAGCCAGGACGCCAUCCCUUUGGUGCUGCCUGCGACGCCGAUCGACAGGUCACGCAACCUCCGUGCACGUCGCCGUGUUGGUCCGCCACGUCGCGAAGCACCUCGUCGCGGCCAUGACGAAUGCCAUGCUGUCAACACAAGGCGCAGGCAGCGCCAAGUGGGGUAAGCCGCGACUCGACCCUUUAAAUCGGUCUCCUCCUGGCUGGACGACGCCUGCCGCGCUCCACGUCCCUGGUGAUUGUGGCCACCGAC